AUGAUGAAAGCUCCCCGGAUACAUAUUUCUCUCCUGAACUUUUUCGUUCCCAGAGCGCCACCAUCGGUCAUCGGCGUAACCCAGACGAGAUGGCUACACAGGACACGGGCUCCUAAGCCAGUUCCUUCCCCGAUUCCCAUCGUCCCCGACGUUUCGACCUUUCUCAAAGUCAUUGGCCGCGGCCUCAGCCAGUAUGCCGACAAGAUCCCUUCAUGGGAGGCCCUCUUUACUCUGUCUACGACACAGAUGAGGGAGCUGGGAAUCGAACCACCUCGGACACGCCGCUAUCUUCUCAAUUGGCUGGAACGAUACCGGAAGGGCGCUCUGGGCCCUGGGGGCGACUUUAAACAUGUCGAGAACGGGGAAGCAAUUCUCAAAGUCGCGACAACGGAGGCGCAGGACCGCAAGUGGGUGGUGAAUGUCCCGCGAGGUCAAGAACCGUCGGAGCUCUCGGGGGAGGCCCUUGCCAGGGUAAAGGGCUAUUCAGUACAGGGCGCCCGUACUAUCACAGGCCCCUUCGCAUUGCCUUUGAAGGAGGGUGCAGGUGCCAGAGUGCCCAUCAUCGAGGGAAUGUGGGAAGACAAGCAAGGUUACAAGGUUGACGGCGGAGAGAGGAGGCGGGCCGAGGUGCGCUACAAGAAGCGCGUUGCCCAACGUAAAGCGGAGAGGGAAGAGGCUGGGUUGCGGUAA